GCACUGCCGACGGCGCGUUGGUUGCCGGAAGUUGAGCGGCGUGGGCAACCAAGAAUGGCAGCAGUUACAGGCAGUCCCGGCCUCUCCAAAUUGCAGUUUGCCCCCUUCAGCAGCGCCUUGGACGUGGGCUUCUGGCACAAGCUGACCCAGAAGAAACUGAACGAGUAUCGGCUAGACGAGGCGCCCAAGGACAUCAAGGGGUAUUACUACAAUGGUGAUUCUGCCGGACUGCCAGCUCGCUUAACGUUGGAGCUCAGUGCUUUUGACAUGACUGCCCCUACCCCUGCUCGCUGCUGCCCAGCCCUGGGAACGCUGUAUAACACCAACACGCUCGAGUCGUUCAAGACCGCGGACAAGAAGCUCCUGUUGGAACAAGCAGCAAAUGAGAUUUGGGAAUCCAUUAAAUCAGGGGCUGCCGUAGAAGACCCUGUGCUCCUCAACAAGUUCCUCCUCCUGACGUUUGCAGAUCUGAAGAAGUACCACUUCUACUACUGGUUUUGCUGUCCUGCCCUGUGUCUCCCAGAGAGUAUACCUCUCAUUCAGGGGCCAGUGAGUUUGGAUCAGAGGUUUUCACCAAAACAGAUUGAAGCACUCAAGCGUGCAUACGACGACCUUUGUCAGGCAGAAGGAGUCACAGCCCUCCCUUACUUCUUGAUCAAGUAUGAUGAGAACACAGUGCUGGUCUCUCUGCUUAAACACUACAGUGAUUUCUUCCAAGGUCACAGGACAAAGAUAACAGUCGGUGUCUAUGAUCCCUGUAACUUAGCACAGUACCCUGGAUGGCCCCUGAGGAACCUUUUGGUCCUAGCAGCCCACAGAUGGAGCGGCAGUUUCCAGUCCGUUGAAGUUCUCUGCUUCCGGGACCGCACCAUGCAGGGGCUGAGAGACGUAGCCCACAGCAUCAUCUUUGAAGUGAAGCUUCCAGAAAUGGCAUUUAGCCCAGAUUGUCCCAAAGCGGUCGGAUGGGAGAAGAACCAGAAAGGCGGCAUGGGCCCCAGGAUGGUGAAUGUCAGCGGGUGCAUGGACCCUAAAAGGUUAGCAGAGUCGUCAGUGGACCUCAAUCUCAAGUUGAUGUGCUGGAGACUGGUCCCCACACUGGACUUGGACAAGGUCAUGUCUGCGAGGUGUCUGCUGCUGGGAGCUGGGACCCUGGGCUGUAACGUGGCGAGGACCCUGAUGGGCUGGGGUGUCAGGCACAUCACGUUUGUGGACAAUGCCAAGAUCUCCUAUUCCAAUCCCGUGAGGCAACCUCUGUAUGAAUUUGAAGACUGCCUCACUGGGGGCAAAUCCAAGGCCCUCGCGGCAGCGGAGCGGCUGCAGAAGAUAUUCCCCGGAGUGAGUGCCAGAGGGUUCAACAUGAGCAUCCCCAUGCCUGGACACCCCGUGAACUUCUCGAGUGUCACCCUGGAGCAGGCCCGCAGCGACGUGCAGCAGCUGGAGCAGCUUAUCGAGAGCCAUGACGUCGUCUUCCUGCUGAUGGACACCCGGGAGAGCCGGUGGCUGCCCACCGUCAUCGCCGCGAGCAGGAGAAAGCUGGUCAUCAAUGCUGCCCUGGGCUUCGACACGUUUGUAGUCAUGAGGCACGGCCUGAAGAGGCCGAAGCAGCAGGGGGCUGGGGACGUGUGUCCCAGUCACCUGGGGAUGUCCGCCGACCUGCUGGGCACCUCGCUCUUCGCCAACAUCCCUGGAUAUAAACUUGGCUGCUAUUUCUGCAACGACGUGGUGGCCCCAGGAGACUCCACUCGAGACCGGACCUUGGACCAGCAGUGCACCGUGAGCCGCCCAGGACUGGCCAUGCUUGCCGGCGCGUUGGCAGUGGAGCUGAUGGUUUCUGUUCUGCAGCACCCAGAGGGGGGCUACGCCAUCGCCAGCAGCAGCGACGACCGCAUGAACGAGCCUCCAACCGCCCUUGGCCUUGUGCCACACCAGAUUCGGGGAUUCCUGUCCCGGUUUGAUAACGUCCUUCCUGUCAGCCUGGCGUUCGACAAAUGCACAGCCUGUUCUUCCAAAGUUCUGGACCAGUAUGAACGGGAAGGGUUCGACUUCCUCGCGAAGGUGUUUAACUCUUCACAUUCCUUCCUGGAAGACUUGACCGGCCUCACCCUGCUGCACCAGGAGACCCAGGCAGCCGAGAUCUGGGACAUGAGUGACGAGGAGACCGUGUGAGCGCGAGGCAGCGCCCGAGGAGCUCUCUGCCGCCCGGGACUGCAGCCCCUCCCGCCUGUGCAGCUCGUGGUUCGUCAUCUCGUUCUGAAGUCAGUAAUAAUAACCUUGGCUUCGGUAAUGCCACCCGUCUGGGACUUGGUUUCCAGCUGCGCUGUUCUUUCUUGUCCUGAGUUGUCAGUUACUCAGGCUUUCACGGGGUGGCAGUGAGGACAAGAAGCUCCUGAUGGGGGAAGGGCAGCACCUGUGGGCUCUCUCUCAUCCUGCCUCUCACCUUUGGGAGCUUUGGGCACUGGGAUGGUGGGGUCCUUGUGAGCGCUCUGCCAGCCUGGU